AUGAUCAUCGACCACCGAAGGAGGCAGAAGGAGGAGCCUCCCGUGUCCAGGGAGAGGCCGCAAAAGGGGGAGCGGUCAGAGCAGGCGAAACCUCCAAAGGCACUCUAUAUUCCACCAGUCGAAAUCCCGUCCUACUUCGCCAGAUCCGUCAGAACCCGGUUCACCCACGUUUUCAAAACCUGUUGCACUCGACUCGCUGAGUUCGGUGUCGAAGAGCCGAGCACUGUGCUCGACGUCUACGCCCAAGAGCUGAGCGAGGGCAACGUCUUCCGGGUCCUUGGCUACGAAGAAGACCGUCUCAAGAGGAUGUCUUUGGACCUGCACGAAAACUCGCGCGACGCCUACGAGAAGUACCUCUGCCAGAUGCUCUACGAAUGGGCGAGCCACCCUGAAGGCGCGAAGGCGCUUGCUCCCCACGUCUCCCCCGCCGUCCUCCAGCAGAUGCAGACCCUCUUCCACGCCGCGGACCGCUCGCUCCUCGAGUGGGACUACACCGCCGCGCGUUACGUGGGCCCGCGCCGCUUCAUCAUGCACGUCGGGCCGACGAACUCGGGCAAGACGCACCACGCCCUCCGCGCCCUCGCCGCGUCCAAGCGCGGGCUCUACGCGGGCCCGCUCCGCCUGCUCGCGUACGAGAUCUUCGACCGGCUCAACAAGGGCCAGAUCGUGCCCGCUGGCAUCGACGCCGCCGACGCGGAGCCGGACGCGGACAGCCACGUCGCCGACGCCGACGACGCGCAGCGGGACGUGGUGGUGACGAAGAAGGGCAACCCGCGCUGGGCGCGCGAGUGCAACAUGAUCACGGGCGAGGAGAUGCGGAUCGUGAGCGCGGACGCGCAGCUGCUCAGCUGCACGGUCGAGAUGGUCCCGAUCUCGUCCCGGUGGCAGGUUGCGGUGGUGGACGAGAUCCAGCUGAUUGCGGACCCGCAGCGGGGAGGGGCGUGGGUCACCGCGGUGCUCGGGUUGAACGCGGAGGAGAUCCACCUAUGCGGCGAGGAGUCGGCGGUCCCUCUGGUCGAGGCCAUGAUCAAGGAUCUGGGCGACACACUGGAGGUCAAGAGGUAUCAACGCCUGACGCCGUUGGUCGUUGCGGACAAGGCUCUGGGGGACUUCUCGCAAAUUACCAAAGGCGAUUGCGUCGUCACUUUCUCGCGGAGCGGCCUCUUCCACGUCAAGGAACAAAUCGAGCAGAAGGUCAAAGGAGUCAGGUGCGCUCUCGCCUACGGACGUCUUCCUCCCGAACUCCGCACGGAACAAGCUGCACUCUUCAACGAUCCGAACAACAACUACGACGUCCUCGCUGGAAGUGACGCUAUUGGGAUGGGGUUGAACCUGAAAAUCAAACGCGUCAUCUUCGAGGCCGUGGAGAAAUUCAAUGGCAAGAGCUUCACACCUCUGUCGACAUCGCAAAUCAAGCAGAUUGCGGGGCGCGCCGGUCGCUUUGGUCUCCACGACGAGAAUCCGGCCGGUGUCGUGACUACAUUGAAACAGGAAGACCUCCCCGCUCUCCGCGAAGCCGUUGCGGCCGCCUUCCAGCCCCUUCCGCACGGCUAUGUAACCAUGACCAAAGGGACCUUCAAUGCCAUCGUGAGCGCGCUGCCCGUGGGCUCGUCGAAUCUCACCGUCGCUAUGGUGCACAAGUAUGUUUCGAAGCAGUCUCCCUUGUACGACUUCCAGUCACUACAGGACAUCACGCACACUUUGAAGGCUCUCGACGAUCUGAACAUCAAGCUCCCUGUUCCCGACCGCGUCACCUUGAGCAACGCACCUGUGCCGUGGCGGGACCCCAAGUGCGCGGCUGCGGUGAAGAAACUGCUCCAAAUCUUCUCGCGCAAAUCGUAUGUCACUGUCGAGGAGGUCCUUGAGCGCGCGCAGCUGCUCAAGCCCCUCAACGAUACUCUGGUCAUGCUAGAGGGCGAAGACAACCCGUCGUUGGGGAUGAUCCAGCGUUCACUCAGCUCCCUCGAGACGAUUCACAAACUGCUCGUCGUCUACCUCUGGCUCACAUUCCGAUACACCAUCCAAUUUCCGGACCGCAAUAAGGCGUACAACCUGCAGCACACAACAGAGGCCGCCAUGGACUGGUGUCUGGAGAUGAUGCAUCUGCUGCGCAAGGGCCUCGUCUCGCUCGUCUUUGGGCGACCCACCGGUACGCCCCUGAUGGUCCGCAACCCCGCUUCUUCCCUCGAGCCCGGCACCUUGCUUGGGCGACAUUACAUCAUCACUGGCCAGCACGCCAUCCACACCUCUUCCACCCCCCACCUCGCUCGCGCCGACCCCGCACCCUCCGAACGCAAGUCCCGCUCCGUGCCCUUCCCCAAGUACCUCCAAGACCGCUCGGACGCCCAUUGGGCACACGCGCCGCGGGCCGCGUCCGUCGACGAUCUCAUCCCUCCUGGGACGGAAGCGAACUACGUGUCGCACGUGGGCCCGUUCGUGCCCUCCGAUGCGAGCGAGGGCCCUCCCUACGGCCCCCCGCCUGUGGUUGCGUACACGCCGCCGUCGAACUACACGGCGGCCGCGUCGCCGAAGAAGAUGAUCAAGGCCAAGGGGCUCAAAGUCGCCGGGCCACACUCAGCGAGCGCGCUCUGA